AUGGCAACGGCGACCACGAAGGUGCCCGAGGUCCGGGACGUGACGCGCAUCGAGCGGAUCGGCGCCCACUCCCACAUCCGGGGCCUGGGCCUGGACGAUGCCCUGGAGCCCAGACAGGUCUCGCAGGGCAUGGUGGGCCAGCUGGCCGCCCGCCGCGCCGCCGGUGUCAUCCUGGAGAUGAUCAAGGAGGGGAAGAUCGCGGGCCGGGCCGUCCUCAUCGCCGGCCAGCCGGGCACCGGCAAGACGGCCAUCGCCAUGGGCAUGGCGCAGGCGCUGGGGCUGGACACGCCCUUCACCGCCAUCGCCGGCAGCGAGAUCUUCUCCUUGGAAAUGAGCAAGACAGAGGCGCUGACCCAGGCCUUCCGGCGCUCCAUCGGCGUGCGCAUCAAGGAGGAGACCGAGAUCAUCGAGGGGGAGGUGGUGGAGAUCCAGAUUGACCGCCCGGCCACCGGCACCGGCGCCAAGGUGGGGAAGCUGACGCUGAAGACCACAGAGAUGGAAACCAUCUACGACCUGGGCACCAAGAUGAUCGAGUCACUGACCAAGGAGAAAGUGCAGGCAGGGGACGUCAUCACCAUCGACAAAGCCACGGGGAAGAUCAGCAAGCUGGGGCGCUCCUUCACCCGGGCGCGGGACUACGACGCCAUGGGCGCCCAGACUAAGUUUGUGCAGUGCCCGGACGGGGAGCUGCAGAAGCGCAAGGAGGUCGUCCACACGGUGUCGCUGCAUGAGAUCGACGUCAUCAACAGCCGCACGCAGGGCUUCCUGGCCCUCUUCUCAGGUGACACCGGGGAGAUCAAGGCCGAGGUGCGGGAGCAGAUCAACGCCAAGGUGGCCGAGUGGCGUGAGGAGGGAAAAGCCGAGGUCAUCCCGGGGGUGCUGUUCAUUGAUGAGGUUCACAUGCUGGACAUCGAGUGUUUCUCUUUCCUCAACCGGGCGCUGGAGAGCGACAUGGCCCCCGUGCUCAUCAUGGCCACCAACCGCGGCAUCACCAGG